UGGGUCACCAGGCAUCAGGUCAUUUGCCUUGCCAGCGGGCACUGCGUCAUCUGGCAAGGCAGUGGGCACCGGGUCACCAGGCAUUGGAUCGUCUGGCUCGACAGCGGGCAUCGGGUCACCAGGUAUGACAGCGGGCACUGGGUCACCAGGCAUCAGGUCAUUUGGCUCGCCAGCGGGCACCGCGUCAUCUGGCAAGGCAGUGGGCACCGAGUCACCAGGUACCGGAUCGUCUGGAUCAACAGCGGGUAUCGAGUCAACUGGCCUAAUAGGAUCAUCAGGCUGGAUCAGUUCAUCAGGCUGAGUAGAGGCACCAGG